ACUGGUACAGACGCACAUGUCAUUAUACUUCAACAGAAUCGAUGUUGAGUCACGCAGUGUGGUUGACUAGACUAUUAUAGCACAGCGUAAACAACCACCCGCAUAGUGUACACAUGCCUUGGUAAACACAGGGUUGUAAAUAGUCUCAAGUUUCGUUCUCAUGUGGAGUGUCUCAGGAUUGCAGCUGAUCAAGGUACUGAGUACCACAAGACAAGAUGGCAUCCCCUGCUCGAGCAGCUUCAUCCAUGUCCGACAUAGUGUUGGAGGCGGAGAGUCAGCUGCCUGAAGACUUCAACCCCUGCGUCACCGACACCUUCCUGGCUGUGCCGACUGCAGGCAUCGCCGUCGUGCCUUGGAGAGUGUUCCAAAUAUUCCCAGAGAUUGUACAUCCUCAAUUCCGGACUGUUGAUGGAGAAAUCGUGUACGACGGCGACAUCAACAUCCUCAUGAGUGCUACAUCGUUGACGACGUCGGACCGAGGAUAUAUGGAGGACCUCACACAGUCAUGGGUUAUCCAGGUUUCAACGGACGAGGAGCUGGACACAGUGACCAGUCGUCUAUCCACCUUCCCAUCCCUGCUGUGUGUCACUCUCACUAUCCGCAACGUUAUGGGAGACAACUCAGAAAUUCCAAUGGUGAUCUUUAUCAGCCCCGAGGCAAACUGCAUGAAGACCUUCACUGCCAAACUAACUGGUGUAAAAGAAGGAUUCGGGAAUGGCAAAAAGUUUUCUUUUGAGCUUGACCUCGGCCCAUCGUUACAACAGUGGGGAAAGACAGUCUUGAGAAGAGAGUUCUUGAGCGUUGGAGGAAGAUUCUGUGUCACGAGUGGUGUUAUCUUUAAUCACGUGUUUGAUUGGAAUAACAUACUGGGUUGCCUCCCUUGUCUGCCGUGUGGCGUGAUCGGUUCAUCUGCUUAUCGGAUUCACAGAAAGAUAAAUUACCAAGAUGAGAUUCUCGAUACAAUACAGGACAUAGUGAUCAUGGGGACAAAGGGCCUGGACUCGUCCACGCAACGGGAAGCUGUGUACCUUUUGAUGCAGUGGAUUAAGGUGUUUCGACUGUACUAUUGUAUGGAUUGCCGACGCAGGAUGCCUCCAUCAGAAUCUGAAAGCAGCAGUGGGCCCUUCUGUACUUGUAAUGUCAGAAUCACAUCCUCAUCUGUCUUCGGGAAAAACAAAGUUGCUCCUCUGAACGUAGGAGAAGACAGGUCCAGAUCAGAAAUAGGAACAUCACGAACAUCAUCUUCAGUUGACAUGACGGGGACGUCACUGACAGCAACAUCAACAACAAUAGAAACACCAACUGCAAUAGCAACGCAGAAUGUUGACAAGCCACAACAAGACAACAAUGGCGUUUCCAUAACACAGAAGACCAAAGGUAGGAGCCAUGAAUCCAAAAAGAAAAAGGUCGUUGAUGACAACGGGGGCUCUUUUGCUCCUUACAGACAAAAGCAUGCCGGUCGGGCAAUAGCGAGGAGAAAAAAAUUGUUAACCCAGCAGGAUUGGAAUCCGACUGAACUGGAGACGUCGAUGAAUAUUUUAAACACGAGAGCGCCAGGCGGUGUUGUUUCAUCUAAACAAGCGGUGUUCAAAUAUCCGAAAAAACGAAUGCCCGAUCAUCAAAGGAAACCGGCGCAGCGUAGGAGGAGCUCAUGCUUUGUGGAGAUUCAGUUAAAGAUGGCAGAGGGAGGAGAUGGGGUCAAGGAAGGCGAAGCAAAUGUGGAUUCGUCGGAAGUGACCUUGGACAACACUCAUGUUGAUGGUGCAGAUGGUGUCCAUGACGAAGAUGACGCGGGGGAUGUCGGAUUCUUCUUCGUGGACACUGACAUAAACGAACGGUUUGAGAGAAAUCCACUUGCUCAGUCGGAUCUCCAGCGUUUCCUGACCUAUGAAAAGGAUCAGAAAACAGGUACUGUUAAUCCUGGAUUCGGUGGGAAACCCAUUUUGAAACAGCCAAAGAAAACUACUGAGAGCAUUGCUUGAAACAGCGUGACUUGAGGCUGAUAUUAUGUUCAAACUGUAGUGUGUGUUGCAUUACAAGAGCAUAAUCCACAAGGUGGGGACGUCAAAAAGUAAAAGACUGUCGUGCAAAAGAAAGUGUAAAAUUGAACUUGAAAACGAUGUGAUAGACCCUUUAUAUAGCAUCAACAAAACAUCGUAUAACCUUUCCCAAGUUCCUUUUUAAAUAGCGAGAAAUCACUACGUAUUUUAAUCAUUCAUUUAGAUGGUGUCGUCCAUCUACCAUUCAUUAAAGCUCACUCCAUGCUUGUUAAUGCUAAUUCGUUGUAACAAGGUUUUAAAUAGCUUAUUAAGGACCUACCUCCCGCAUAGCAUAUAGAACGAUUGUGUUAAUGUCUACAGGCAAAUCAUAGGCUACUUCAGUAGUGAUCCUAAAACAUGACAUGCCUUCAGUGUAAUACUAUAUCUGCCUUCAUCCUCUAAAAUGUAUUUAACAUAUGUGGAUAUACAUUGGAUCUCUUCGUAUUAUGGUGGUAAAAUCAUCAGUGUUGUAACCAGACAUACAGUUAUCAGACAGAUAGAUAUUUCAGAUAGGAUAUUUGAUCAAGUGUACAAAUAAACUUUAGAUUUAUGUGCGCUCCAAAUCACUGACAGUUUCUUAAAAACUUAUGACUGCUUUCACAGUUGCAAUAAUGAUCAUUUACAAUAAUCAUUAAGAUAUCUCUUCAAGUA